CUUCAGACAUGCACCAUGGAGAACAUGGGGUUAAAAGACACUCCCGCGUUUCCACUCACAUUGUUAAAAGAUAUUACAAAUAAUUUUUCGGAAGAGUGUGUAAUUGGUCGUGGUGGGUCUGGAGUAGUUUAUAAGGGAGUGUUUGAUAAUGGGGAGGUGAUUGCCGUGAAGAAACUUAAUAACCAAUAUGAUUCAUCCAGUGAGAAAAUUGGUAAUGGUGAAGCCCUGUUUCACAAUGAGCUCAUGAAUCUAAUUGGGGUUCAACAUCCGAAUAUUGUACGGUUAGUUGGCUAUUGCUAUGAAAUACAAAAUAUAGUUACUGAAUAUGAUGGGAAACGUGUGCUCGCUUCGGUGGAAGAAAGAAUUCUCUGCUUAGAGUACUUACAGGGAGGAAGUCUCAAGGAUCAUAUUUCUGAUGAAUCAUGCGGACUUACAUGGUAUUCACGUUAUAACAUAAUUAAAGGGAUUUGUGAAGGCUUGAAGCACCUGCAUACAGGAUCUGAUAAUCCAAUUUACCAUCUCGACUUGAAACCCGAAAAUAUAUUGCUCGACAGGACCAUGAUACCAAAAAUUGGCGAUUUUGGUAUAUCAAGACUUCCUGCUGAUUCGAUGCAAACAUGUGUCACAGAAAAUAUUUCAGGAACCCUUGGAUACAUGCCACCAGAAUACCUCUUUAAGAAGCAAAUCUCGCCCAAGUUUGAUAUAUUCAGCUUGGGUGUCAUAAUGAUACACAUAAUAGCUGGACAUGAGGGCAACCAGAAUUAUCCAUAUAUGCCUUCGCAGGAAUUCAUUGAGCUUGUACACGAAAACUGGAGAAAACAGCUGCAGGCAACAGUGCCAAGGCAUACAUUAGAGCAGGUCAGAACAUGCACCAAAUUAGCAUUAAGGUGUGUGGAGUUUGACAGAGAGAAAAGGCCUGAUAUAAGAGAAAUUAUUGAUGAACUGAAUAAGGUUGAUGCUGACGGUACUUCAGAUACAGGCCAGAACACGGAAGAAGAGGAGCACACAGCCCUGGAUAAACAACCUGAGACCGAAGAACAAGAAGAGGAAACAGAACAUUUGGAGUAUAAAAAGAACACGCAAGUCAAUAGCAGAUACACCAGAGCGUAUCACAUGCUCGAAUCAGUCGAUCUCGCAACGGGAAGCUUGGGCUCCCUGCUGUCUAAGGUGCUCCUGCUUAUCCAAGAUUACCGGACCCUUUCAGUAGAACUAGGGUACCUCUGCAUGGAGCUGGAGUUCAUGCAAGAUUCCCUGCAAAAAGUGGCAGUGGUGCCUCUGGACCAGCUCGAUGGUGCGGUUAAGCUCUCGGCCAAUGAAGCAAGGGACCUUUCAUAUGCGACGGAAAAUAUUGUCGACUCCUACCUAAUGAGUUUCCCGCCUCCUAAAUCAAAUUUUAUGGAUCAGGCGAUCCUUGCUAUAAGGCGAAUCAAGGAUAGACGUGAGCUACGACAUAUGAUCAAUGGCAUCAUAAAAAAUAUUCAAAAGAUGAACAACAGAAGACGUAGGCAGAACGCCGAAAUUGUUUGUUAUCAGGUUAGCCUAUCUGCCGCUGACCCUUGCUUGUCGGCUCUAAACAAAGAUCCGGAAGAGAUGGUUGGUGUUGAAGUUUCAAGGGACGAGGUAAUAAGGAAACUGGCACAUGGCACCGAUGGUGUAUCGAAGCAGCUAAAUAUAGUCUCCAUUGUUGGAAUGGCAGGACUGGGCAAGACAACUCUUGCCAGGGCAGUGUACGGAAGACUACAGGAGCAAUUCGAUUGCAGUGCUUUCGUUUCUGUAUCACAGCAUCCUGACAUGAAGAAAGUUCUCACGGAAAUACUUUGUCAAAUUGACAACAAAAUUUUUAUGGACAUCAAUAUAGAAAAUUUUGAAGGAAGGAUGCCCAUCGAUGAACUCCGGAUACUACUUGCGGACAAGAGGUAA